AUGUUAUUAAUUGUGUUUAUUAUUUCUCUUCAAAUUUCUCUUUCGUUUAAUAAAGAAUCUGGAUGUGGAUGUAACGUCAAUCGGGCAAGAGAUGAAAAGCAGAGUCAGGGAAGUAUGUUUAGUGGUUCAAAUAGUUAUAUGGAUCAGUCUUCUGAAUGUUAUAGUGAUGAAACAUGUAGUACCCUGGAGGAAAAGAACCAAGAAGAUAGAAUGGUCCUUAUUUCCGCUGGAAAGUAUCAAUUUGGAACGGAUGACAUAGCCAUUGAAAAUGAUAAAGAAGGGCCAAAACGGAUGAUAACUUUAAAUAGUUUUUAUUUAGACAAAUAUGAAGUUUCGAACAAAGAUUUUGAAAAUUUUGUUGUUUCUACUAAUUAUAAGACUGAAGCUGAACAAUUUGGAGAUAGUUUUGUAUUCACUUCAUUUUUAAAUACAACAUUUAAAGAACAGCUAAAUGAUUUUCGUGUUGUGCAAGCUGUCUGGUGGUACAAGGUGUUUGGUGCUGAUUGGAAACACCCAUACGGACCUGACUCUAACAUUAAAGAUAUCAUGGAUCAUCCUGUUGUCCAUGUCUCUUGGAGAGAUGCUCAAGUAUAUUGUAAAUGGAGAGGUGGCCGUUUACCUACUGAGGCUGAAUGGGAAGCCGGUUGUCGGGGUGGACAUCAAAAUACAAAAUAUCCUUGGGGAGAUAAACUGUUUCCUGAACGAAAGCACAUGGCUAACAUUUGGCAAGGUAACUUCCCUGCUCAUAAUUCUGCUAAGGAUGGCUAUGUGGGAACUAGCCCAGUAAAUAUGUUUCCUCCUAAUGACUUUGGUUUGUACAACAUGGCGGGGAAUGUGUGGGAGUGGACUGAAGAUGCCUGGACUAAAGAGAAUCUAAAAGAAAAAGUGAAAAAAGGUGGAUCAUAUUUAUGUCACCGCUCCUACUGCUACCGGUACAGAUGUUCUGCACGUUCGCACAACACUGAGGAUAGCUCUUCAGGAAAUUUGGGUUUUAGGUGCGCCAAAACUCUAUAG